AUGAAGCUCGCUGCGUGCGCUUUCGCGGCCCUGGCUGUGGCCUGUGUCGCUCAACCCAAGCCGCCCAAGAAGCUCUUGGAGGAGGCCCAGGAGGUCCUGGUGGCAUGCAGGUUGGCCGACAAGGCGCCAGAGGAGUGCCGCCAGCAAUUCGGCAACUUCACGGCCAUGCCUCCACCGGACAAAGUCACGGAGCGCUUCGAGAUGGAGAAGGGCGCACCAAGGGCCAUCCUGGGAACCUUGGAGAAUUGCACCGAGGACAUCGGCAAAGCGGACGUCAACGUGACCUUCGAGGACUGCAAGAUGCAAGUCAAGGCCAUGUUGGAGAAGCUCAAGAACGAGACAGUUCCACUCGAGGAGUUGGACCGACAGAUUCGGAAGAUCGCGGGGAAGAAGGCGAUGCACAUCGUCAGCACAUGCUCCAAGGCCGCGUCCACCGACGCCGCCAAGGAGGCAUGCCUGUCCAGCACGGAAGCCCUUGAAGCCCUCGCCAAGCUUUCCGGCCGGGCCGUUGGGUCCGUCCCGGAAGAGGAGCUCCGGCGUCUCUUCCGCAGCGGAGCUGCGGAGGAAAUCUCGGAGGAGCUGCGGCUGUGCAUGGGUUCUGCCAACACGGAUGCCAAGGAGAAGGAAUGCUUCGACUCGGAUGACAUCCGGGCAACAGUCGGGGAGAGCAUGGGCAAGGGUGCAGAUCAUGUCAAGGAUUCCGACAUUCGGGAGUUCCUGGAGGAAGGCGUUAAAGAGGAGAUCUGGACUAUGCUGGAGGCCUGCCCGGAAGAUUCUCGGGAGCGCUGCAUGGAUGCUGCCAAAGACAUGCUGGCGGCUGUGUCCGGGCAAGAGUCUUCUUCCAUCGCGGGAGACAUGGUGAGCAAGCUCCUCAAAGACGAGAUGGCGAGCGAGCUUGGCGAAAGGAUGCGCGCCUGCAUGGACACGGCUGAAGACGAGACGGCCAUGGAGCGCUGCAGGACCACGCUGUCCGCCGAUGUGCUUGGGGUGGCUAGCCAAGGUGAAUCACCUUCUCGCACGGACGUUGGGCAGGCCCUGAUGGAAGCGGGCCGUGACAAGGCCAAGGAGGUGAGCAAAGACUGCCAGGGCACACGCGAGGAGUGCAUGGAGAAGCUGAGGGACGAGGCGGCAAAGUCCAUGGGCCGCCUCAAGGAGGACCUGUCGGACAUGGAGGUGGAGAGGCUGAACCUGGAUGGAGCCCGCGAUGCGGCAAAGGAGGCUGCCCGCGGCUGUGCUGUCGCCCGCAAGGAGUCCGCCUCAGCCACUUGCACCGACCCCACUGAGGUCUUCGCAAGCGCCCGCAGAGUCCCCAUCGAGGAUGAUGUGGACCGGAAACGGAUUCGGCAAGAGCUUGUGAAGGAGACGGAGAAGGAUGCCAUGAGGACGUGCAUGGAUGAAUCCGACAAGCAAGGCUUCGACCGCUGCAUGGGCGAGAUCAAGGAUGCCGACGAGGUUGCAGGUGAGCUCUUCCAGGGCCUCUCCAAUGAGCGGAAGCAGAACAAGGAGAAAUUGGCCCGAGACGAGGCAGCCAUCGAGGUCGUCGGCGAACGCUUCCAGAUCUGCAUGGAGUCCUCCACAACUCCAGAAGAGAAGAACGCCUGCAAAGAGGAGAUGCGCGACGGUGCCGGCAUGGCAGGCUUACAAGAGGAUGUGGAGGAUGUCGUGAAGAAAUACCAGCGCAACGUUGUGGCCACUGCAGCCCGCGCCUGCAACCAGACCGUGAGGAAGACUUGCAUCGACCUAGCCAAGGAGGAGCUGAUGAAGAGUGGCCUCAAGGAGCGAGCCUUCCACGUGGUCCGCCAGAUGGCAGAGAUGAAGUCCGCGGCCGAGGUCUGGGCAGCCUGCCAGGAAGACAGCGCCGAAGUGAAUGUGACAUGCGACUCCCUCGCCCAAGCGGAGCUGGAAGAGAUCAGUGGCUCCACGUCCGUGUGGACUGCCGAGGCGGCAGAGAAGGUGAAGGCACUUGGCGAAGCCAUGCUCGAGGGGCGGGAGGUUGUCCUCAGAAAGCUUCACGCCAUCCUCCUUGAGAUCCUGACGGAUGCCCUGGACUGCUCCGACGCCGUCUUAGACAAGCUGGCCGAGAAAGCGCAGCAGACCUCGGAUAGUUUCAUGCCGAAUGCAAGCAUGGGGCCGCGCAACGUGUCCAACAAAGAGUGCAGGAUUGUCUGGGGACUUGCUCGGUACUUCUGCAAGGUCCACACCAAGGACCUGAACGAAACCGAGACGGACGACCUUUCCGAGACUCUCAGCACCGACCUUGGAACCACGGAUAUCAGUGUUCGCCGCCUUGGGCGUCGGUUGGCAGUCAUCACGGAGUCCUAUGCGGCCCAGGAGGUGGAGGAGGCGAUCAGCACCAGCGGCGGCAGCGAUGACGACACCGGCGAUGAUGGUGAUGAUGCUGGAGAUCCAACGUCUACAUCGCACUGCCUGUUGACAGCUGCCUACUCUGCUUCAACUGCUCUGCUCUUACUUUUCUUUGUAAGCUAG